AUGUACAUCACCCUCUACUUCAUAGUCAACCGACUCCCUGACUCCCUUAGAGUGGUCAAGGACCACUUCCUCGCAGUGUGCCCCACCACUCUCACCAUUGACCUCCUCGAGAAGUCCCUCCUAGCGGCGGAGAAGAGCAUAGUCGCCGUAGGAGCUUCUCGUGGUGAUCCCCGCAACCCUGUCUUUGAGGGGUGUUCUCCCUCCCCCCUCUUGCCCUCUGUCGCUUCUGCUGCUGCGGCCGACCUCGUUGGUUUCGAGUCGGUCGGCGCUGUGUCUGCCCCUUCGGGGAAGCGCCGCACAAGCAGGGGCAAGGUGGGCAAGGGCGCUGGAGGAGCUGGCGGGGGCGGUGGAGGUGGCGGUGGAGGCGGCGGAGGGAGUGGGGGUGGUGGUGGGAGUGGUGGAGGGGGUGGGGGUACCGGUGGCAGCAGUGGGGGCGGAGGCGGCGGCGGUGGCGGAGGGAGCGGAGGAGGCGGUGGUAGCGGAGGCGGCGGUGGUGGUGGAGGCAGCGGUGGUGGCGAAGGCGGCGGAGGAGUCGGAGGUGGCGGUGGAGCUGGUCGCGGGUCUACGCAGAGGAGUGGCUCCGGUGGUGGUCCGUGUCAGCAGCAGCAGCGUGGUCGUGAGACCCUGUCCACUCAGCAGCUCCGUGAGUGGUACACUGCACGCCAGCGGGGUGGGGGUUUUGGUCCGUGCACCUACGUCCUGCGCACCGGCGACCGUGCGGGUGAGCAGUGUGGGGGUGCGCACCCCACCCAGCGCUGCUUUGGCCGCCUGACGGACGCGUGGCGUCACCAGUUCCCUGAGGCCACAGAGAUCCCUCGCUGGGGCGAGCUGUCUAGGGCGGGAGUUGCCAUCUAUGAUCUUGAUUUUGAUGCUAUUCUGUCUGCCAUGUAUUCUGUGACUAUUAGUGAUGAGGGUGACAGUUACCGGUGUUUCCCGCCCGAUCCGGACAUUGAGACUGCUGCUCUAGGUACUGCUGCGGCUGCUGCCCUAGGUGCUUCCGACGCUGCUGCUCUAGGUGCUAGUGCGUCUGCAUCCUCAGGUACUGGUGAGUCUGCGCUCUCAGGUACUGCGUCGGCUUUGGCCUCCCUCACCUUCACCCUUGACUCUGGGGCUUCUCGCUCCUUCUUUCGGGACCGCACCACACUCACGCCGCUUAGUCGGCCGGUUGCGGUGUCUCUGGCUGAUCCCUCUGGGGGUCCUGUUCUGUCUGAAUUCUCCACAGUCCUCCCGUGUCCGGCGGCUCCCUCUGGCACCCUGUCUGGUCUCUACCUCCCCUCGUUCUCUACGAACUUGGUGAGUGGUGCUGACCUACAGGAUGGGGGAGUGCACCAGUUCACUCCUGCGCGUCAGCGAGUGAGGCACUUCACAGAGGCUCGCACAGGCCGACACCUGGCUACGUUUACACGUCAGCCGGGGUCGAGCCUGUACACACUGACCACUCCAUCUCCUCCAGUUGCUGAGUCUGGUAGGGUGUCUGAGUCAGGGGCGCCAGAGGGAUGCCCUCACUCCUCCCAGUUUCCUCCGACAGAGGCCCCGCUGCAGACGCUUCACAUGGACGUGUGGGACCCAGCCCGCGUCCGUGGACAGGGUCACGAGCGCUACUUCCUGCUUGUUGUUGACGACUACUCGCGUUACACCGCAGUCUUCCCCUUGCGCAGCAAGGGUGAUGUCACUGAGACCUUCACGCUUCCGGACUCUCCGCAGCAAAAUGGGAUUGCUGAGCGCCGCAUUGGCAUGGUCAUGGACGUCGCUCGUACGUCCAUGAUGCAUGCGGCUGCCCCCCAUUUUCUGUGGCCGUUUGCGGUGAGGUACGCGGCGCAUCAGAUCAACCUCCACCCCAGGGUCUCCAGGCCGGAGACCUCCCCAGCCUUGCUGUGGACAGGGAAGGUUGGCGAUGCGUCGGCGUUCCGGGUCUGGGGAUCUCGGGCGUUUGUCCGCGACUUGUCUGCGGACAAGCUGUCCCCUCGUGCUGCUCCUUGCGUCUUCCUGGGGUUCCCCCCUGACGCGCCGGGGUGGCAGUUCUACCACCCCACCUCCCGCCAUGUUCUGUCCUCCCAGGACGUCACGUUUGACGAGUCAGUCCCCUACUACCGCCUCUUCCCCUACCGCACUCCAUCCCUCCCCGCUCCUCCGCUCUUCCUUGUAACAGACGUCGUCGAGCCUGUCGAGGUUACUGGUGACUCUGGUGCUGCCGAGGGUGCUGAGCCUGGGGGUGCUGCGACUGGGGGUGCUGAGCCUGGGGGUGCUGAGACUGGGGGUGCUGAGCGUGGGGGUGCUGAGUCUGGGGGUGCUAAGCCUGGGGGUGCUGAGACUGGGGGUGCUGAGCCUGGGGGUACUACGCUUGGAGGUGCUCAGCCUGGGGGUGCUGAGCCUGGGGGUGCUGAGCUUGGAGGUGCUACGCUUGGAGGUCCUCCAGGUGCUUCGUCUCGCCGGAAGCCACUCUCUCCACCCGAGCUGCGCAAGUGGUUUGCCCGGCGCUGGAGGCGUGCUGCUGGAGUUGGAGGUUCUUCAGCUUCUGAGGGUGCUGGUGCCGCUGGUCCCGGAGGUGCUCGUACUGGGAGUACUGGAGCUGCUGGGCCUUCGGGUUCGACUGGAGCUGGUGCUGCUGCGGGCGUUGGUGCUGAGCCUACUGCUGGCGGUCCUGCUGGGGGUGCUACUGGUGCUCUUGGAGGUUCUGGAGCUGCUGGAGGUGCUGCUGGAGCGGGUGCUCCUUUUGGGGGUCCUGGUGCUGUCCCUGCUGUGUGUGGCGUCGCCGCGCGGCCUCAACCGUACUUCGUUCCACUCCUGCAGCAGGUUCUUGGUCUUCCACCUUCUACAGGUCCUCCUCCUUAUUUAGAGUGUCCACAACCUGUCCUGUCACAGCUACAGUUACAGCCUGCCUCCCCACUACCUGUUCCUUCUCCCUACACUGGUCCUACUGGAGGUCUUGCUGAGCGUCGUGAGCCUGCGUCUCGUCCUGCGUCGCCUGUUUGUGCUGCUCGCACUAGUGGUCGCGGUUCGCGUCAGCGUCCUCCUCCUGUCCCUGGCACGCACCAGAUGUCUCUGCGUCCGUCCACUGCUCCUCUGCGUGCCCCUUUGCCUUCUCCUCUUGCGUCCUCUCUUCCUGCUCUUGCCGACCCGGAGUCGGACUCUCUUCGUGAUGCCCGUCCUACUGUCACGCGUCUCCUUGCUACUGUCGUCACUGACCCUUCCUUUGAGUCCACUACUGCGUCUGCCCUAGUUGCUGAGCUCGUCGACUUUGCUGCUCGCUGUCGCCUAGACUACGCUGCUAGUCUUGUCGCUGAGUCUGAGUCUGUCUGUCCUCCGUCCGUCGGGGGUGAGUGUGCCCUUGGCACGGACGUCCUUGAAGACAGGCAGGAGGAGUUCCAGUCCUUGGCCGCUACUUCACCUCAUCUUGUGUCGGUAUUGCUUACCCCUGAGGGAGACCCGGAUGCACUUGACAUCCCAACUCCGCGCUCUUACGCGGAGGCGAUAGAGGGUCCCUACUCUUCUCAGUGGCAGGCAGCUAUGGAUGCAGAGAUGGCUUCCUCGAAGUCCACAGGCACCUACGUUGACGCUGUCCCCCCUCAUGGGGCGAACAUCGUCAGUGGCAUGUGGAUUUUCAGGGUGAAGCGGCCGCCGGGUUCUCCGCCUGUCUUCAAGGCACGGUACGUGGCUCGUGGUUUCAGUCAGCGGCAGGGAGUUGACUACUUUCAGACCUUCUCUCCCACCCCGAAGAUGACCACUCUUCGGGUACUACUGCACGUUGCUGCUCACCGUGACUACGAGCUGCACUCUCUCGACUUCAGCACAGCUUUCUUGCAGGGCAGCCUGCACGAGGAGAUCUGGCUGCGCCGCCCACUUGGCUUCACUGGGUCGUUCCCUCCUGGUACCCAGUGGAGUCUCCGGCGACCAGUCUACGGUCUCCGCCAGGCGCCCCGUGAGUGGCACGACACACUGGGGACUACACUUGCGGCUCUUGGGUUUGCUCCUUCUACUGCUGGCUCGUCGCUGUUUCUGCGCAACGACACCUCUCUGCCGCCUUUCUACAUCCUCGUGUACGUCGACGACUUGGUCUUUGCCACUGCUGUUACUGCUGGACUCGCCUACGUGAAGUCCGAGCUGCAGAAGAGACACACGUGCACAGACCUGGGUGAACUGCGCAGCUACCUUGGCUUGCAGAUCACCCGGGACAGAGCACGCCGCACCAUUACCCUGACUCAGUCACACAUGGUGCAGCAGGUCCUUUAG